GGGAAUUUGCGCAGGCGCCCGGUCAACUGAAGUCUAGCCUCAGCCUGCCCAUGUGUGCCUUUACCUCUGUAUCCAACAUAAAAGUAGAGACAAGGUCACCUUGACUAACAUAAACUCUCCGAAUCUUGAACGUGCCGGUUGUGAAUUAUUACUCUCCUCUUACUCUCACUUUUCAUCAAUCUCUACAAAAUAGAUAGCUGUUAUUUUUCGGCAAAUUGGUAAUCAUUAUUUUCCCUCAAAAAAGAGAAGAAAUAUUAUUUGAAAAAUGAGUACACUGAAGGAGAAACUAGUGAGCGUAGUGACGGAGCCAGUCGCUACAGGAAAGAACAAAAUCACUGUCGUUGGUGUUGGACAAGUUGGGAUGGCCUGUGCCUUUAGCAUUUUAACAAAUCAUGUUUCUCAUGAAGUCGUUCUCAUCGAUGUCAUGGCGGACAAAUUGAAAGGCGAAAUGAUGGAUCUUCAGCACGGUAGCUCGUUCUUGAAGAACGCACGUAUCAAUGCUAGCACAGAUUAUGCGGCUACAUCAAACUCAAGCUUAUGCAUUAUAACUGCUGGUGCACGUCAGCGUGAAGGUGAAACCCGAAUUGAUUUGGUGCAGAGAAAUACAGACAUAUUUAAAGGGAUAAUUCCACAAUUGGUAAAGUUUAGUCCCAAUACCAUUCUUCUGGUUGUAUCAAAUCCAGUAGACAUUUUGACAUAUGUGGCAUGGAAAUUAUCUGGCUUUCCAAAAAAUCGGGUCAUCGGAAGUGGAACCAAUCUUGAUUCUGCGAGAUUUAGAUUUUUGCUUUCUCAAAAAUUGAAUGUCGCACCUACUUCCUGCCAUGGAUGGAUUAUUGGAGAGCAUGGAGAUACUAGUGUACCUGUAUGGUCUGGCGUGAAUGUUGCCGGCGUUCGUCUACGAGAUCUGGACGAAAAUGUCGGAACUGAUAAGGAUACAGAGAAUUAUGGCGAUAUUCACAAACAAGUCGUGCAUAGUGCUUAUGAAGUUAUUAAAUUGAAGGGAUAUACAUCGUGGGCCAUUGGCCUAAGUAUUUCUAAUCUUGCAUCAGCCAUACUUAGAAAUUCUAGUCAGGUUCAUGCUGUAUCUACAAUGUGUACAGGUCUUCACGGUAUUUCGGAGGAAGUUUUUCUUUCUGUUCCAUGUGUUCUCGGAGAAAGUGGUGUUACAUCUAUUGUUCGUCAAAAACUUACUGAUCAAGAGCAAAAUCUCCUAAAAAAAUCAGCGAUUGCGAUGCAUGAGGUCCAAUCGAGCCUCAAAUUUUAAUUCAAAAUUAUUAUUAUUAUUAUACAACCUCUGAUGUUCACUGUAAUGUGUUUCCAGUCCGCUGUGUUGCAUUUUAAUUUUUUGGUGACAAAUGGUCACCCCAUCAGUAUUUUCUGCCAUUUGUAUUUUUCAAAAAAUCUAGCAUUAUGUAUGUAUUAUGUUGUAGUGCACUUAUCGUUUGAAAUUUCUCAGAUGAAUGUUUACAUUUUCAAUGAUUUAUCAUGCCCUGCCAUAAAUAAUUCAUUUUUUCUAUUUUCUUCCAUAAUAUAAAAAAUAUUUUCCAAGUAUUAAUGUGCAUAGGGAAAUGAUAUAAUAAAUAAACCCAUGUAUGCAGCCUA